AUGCUGGGUUGCAGUUCUCCUCACUAUGCAUGUCCAGAGGUGAUCAAGGGGGAGAAGUAUGAUGGACGUUGUGCGGACAUGUGGAGUUGUGGUGUCAUCCUCUUCGCCCUCCUGGUGGGGGCGCUACCCUUUGAUGAUGACAACCUACGGCAGCUGUUGGAAAAAGUGAAACGUGGGAUUUUUCACAUGCCCCAUUUCAUUCCGCCAGACUGUCAGAAUCUCCUGCGGGGCAUGAUUGAGGUGGAGCCAGAAAAACGUCUCAGCCUGGAACAGAUUCAGAAACACCCGUGGUUCUUGGGAGGGAAGAAUGAACCAGAACCAGAACAACCAAUCCCUCGGAAGGUAACAAUCAGAAGGAUUCAGUCAGUCAGUGAGCUGGACCCUGACGUGUUGGAUAGCAUGCACUCAUUGGGCUGUUUCCGUGAUAAGAACAAGCUAAAGCAGGAGCUGCAAAAUGAAGGAGAGAAUCAGGAGAAAAUGAUUUAUUACCUUCUACUUGACCACAAAGAGAGAUAUCCCAGCUGUGAGGAUGAGGACCUGCCUCCACGCAAUGACGUUGGUGAGAUUUGGGGGAAAACUUUCUUCAAGCACUUCAUCAAGACCAGAAAACAGAGCAGUGGUGCUGAUGACUGUUGA